CAUUUCCUUUCUAUACUACAGAUCUAUGGAAAGCAGUACGACAUAUAUUUCCGGGUAAAAAUAUGAAGGGCUGUAACUUCCAAUGGUCAACACAAGUUUACAGACAGAUCCAGAAAGCAGGGUUAUCAGCAGAGUAUAAGAAGAAGGAGGGUAUCUAUCGGUGUCUACGCAAUUUUAUGUGUCUUCCAUACUUACCGACGGAGCAUAUCAAGCCAUCCUUCGAGAAACUGCGAGAGUUUGCAGCCGGUGCCACAGAACCCGUGAAACGUGUUAUUUCUUACAUUGACACCGCCUGGAUUUCUAGUGCGCAGUGGGGUCCCGAGAACUGGUCGGUCUAUGGUCAACAAGUUCGUACUAACAAUGAUGUGAAGGGUUGGCAUAGCAGAAUCACUGGUAGGGCUGGAUGGUUCAAACUCCCGGUGUAUGACCUUACUGUACUAUUGUUUAAAGAAGCCGGAUGGGUGGACUACGAGAUACGUUGUGUGAGCGAGCACAUGACUUCAAGAUACCAAAGAAAGAAAUAUGUGCAGAUAAACAAAGAACUGAGCCGUGUAUGGGAUGAUUAUGCGAAACGUAAUAUAUCGACAUCCGGGCUACUGAGGGAAGUCAGUGACAUCACCGGAACUGGGCGGUAAAAACAGGAAAUAUCUACAAGAAGUGAAAAAGUGGAAUAGACUGUGCGAGAGACUGUGAACACUCUCUUUGGGUAUUUUUAUUAUUGGGUCCUCGGACAUGCCAGUCCAUCCUCAUGCUUUUAGUGCUAACUUAUAUAUAUAAUGUUCAUGCAUAUGUUUAUGUAAAGCCCGACAGUGCGUUUUGGUAAUAGCUAAAACGAUUUCUAACUGAAUAUGUGUAAUUUUCCGUAAUAGCCUCAAGCGACAUGUCUAUGAUAUGAUUUAUAUAAGCUUCCUUUGCAUAGAAAACUUUUCUUUUGUACACCCCGAAGAAAAAAUGUUUUUAAAAAAGUGUAAGGACUAUUUUUUUCUUCGGAGUUAUUUGUGCUACGAAUGUUAAGAUAAGUCCUUCAUUUCAUAUGUGCUUUGAGAAUAUUCAGUGUAAUUUUCUGGAUAUUGCUAGUGCUUUCACUCAGUUCUACAUGUAUAAUUUGUUGUAAAUAUGGUGUUGAAUAUGUUCUGUGUGCGUAGUGUUCUGUAAUUGAUGUAAUAUAUAAAUAAUAAUGGGUGCGCUAUAUGUUUAUGCCAUUUAUGUACAUGUAUAUUAUGCAUUAUUCAUGUUAUUGUAUGUUAUUUGUCAUGUCUGUUGUAAAUAUGUAAUUGUCUCUGUUUUGUAAUGCGCUAUGUUAUAUGUAAAUUGUCAUGUCUCUUGUAUAUAUGUUAUUGUAAAUCUGUUUUGUAAUGUAUUAUCUUAUA